GCUACAGCUGGGUGGGGAGCCGGAGCGCGAGCCACUUCCCCGGAGGCUUCAGGAUGGACCUGUGCCCCCCAGACCCAGCAGAGCUGAGCAGCGGGGAGACAGAGGAGCUGCAGCAGAUUAAGUGGCACCGGAAGCAGCUCCUGGAGGACAUCCAGAAGCUGAAGGACGAGAUCGCAGAUGUGUUUGCGCAAAUCGACUGCUUCGAGCUUGCGGAGGAAGGCCGGAUGGCCCAGAAGGAGAAGGAGCUGUGCAUCGGACGCAAGAAGUUCAACAUGGACCCCAUGAAGGGCAUCCAGUAUCUCACUGAGCACAAGCACCUGAAUCCCAGCGUCCAGGACAUCGCCCAGUUCCUGUACAAGGGCGAGGGCCUCAACAAGACAGCCAUUGGCUCUUACUUAGGGGAACGGGACCCCUUCAACCUGCAGGUGCUCCAGGCCUUUGUGGACUGCCACGAGUUCGCCAACCUCAACCUCGUGCAGGCCCUCAGGCAGUUUUUGUGGAGCUUCCGGCUGCCGGGCGAGGCCCAGAAGAUCGACCGGAUGAUGGAGACCUUCGCCACCCGAUACUGCCUCUGCAACCCCGGCGUCUUCCAGUCCACAGACACCUGCUACAUCCUGUCCUUCUCCGUCAUCAUGCUCAACACCAGCCUCCACAACCCCAGCGUGCGGGACAAGACGCCCUUCGAGCGCUUCGUGGCCAUGAACCGCGGCAUCAACAACGGCAGCGACCUGCCGGAGGAGCAGCUGCGGAACCUCUUCGACAGCAUCAAGAGCGAGCCCUUCUCCAUCCCGGAGGACGACGGCAACGACCUCACUCACACCUUCUUCAACCCCGACCGCGAGGGCUGGCUGCUCAAGCUGGGGGGCCGCGUGAAGACGUGGAAGCGGCGCUGGUUCAUCCUGACCGACAACUGCCUCUACUACUUCGAGUUCACCACGGACAAGGAGCCCCGGGGCAUCAUACCCCUGGAGAACCUGUCUGUGCAGAAGGUGGACGACGCCAAGAAGCCAUUCUGCCUGGAGCUCUACAACCCCGGCUCCCGGGGCCAGAAGAUCAAGGCCUGCAAGACCGAUGGGGGCGGCAAGGUGGUGGAGGGCAAGCACGAGUCCUACCGGGUGUCGGCCUCCAGCGCCGAGGAGCGGGACCAGUGGAUCCAGGCCAUCCGAGCCAGCAUCACCCGCGUGCCCGUCUACGACCUGGUCUCUGCUCGGAAGAAGAAGAUCGCCAGCAAGCAGUGAGCUCCCAGGACCCGCGGC